AAGGGUACUCAGGUUGCCUCUCGGUAACGGAACCAAUGUGCUCAAGUCGGUUUCUUGUCUGCAGGAGACGGAGUGGCCGGAAGUCCCUGUGCUAAUCAGCGGCAGUCGCGGAAACAGUGUAGUUGUGCUGAGAAUAAAGUUCAAGACACAAGCAGUCAUGACCAUGGAGUCUCUCUACGUGAAAGAGGACUUGAGUGAAUUGGACAUUGUCCAGAUUAAAGAGGAGCCCCCUGAAUUUGAUUGUGCUACUUUUGCCAAUGAUGUUAAUGAAUUGGGCUCAGUUAUUAUUAAAGAAGAUGUUUCUGAACUUGAAUCUGGGUACAAUAAACAGAGAGUUAAUGUAGGAGAGAAACUGUAUGAUUGUAAGGAAUGUGGAAAGAGUUUCAGUCGUUUAGCAUUUCUUAAGAAACAUCAACAAGUCCAUAUGGGAAAUAUCCCAUACUUGUGUUGCCCAGAAUGCGGGAAGAGCUUCAGUCGAUUAGACAGCCUCAAGAACCACCAGAGAAUUCACACAGGAGAAAAACCAUAUCAUUGUACUACAUGUGAAAAAAGUUUUAAACAUUUAAAUAGUUUUAAAACUCAUCAACGUUUUCAUACUGGAGAAAAGCCGUAUCACUGUUCAGAAUGUGGAAAAAGGUUCAGUGGCCUUGGGAACCUCAAAGAGCACCAGCGAAUUCAUACUGGGGAGAAACCCUACCAGUGUAAUGAAUGCAGGAAAACCUUCAGGCAUUCAGAUGGACUUCGAAACCACCUGCGAAUCCAUACUGGCGAGAAGCCAUAUAAAUGUACUGAAUGUGAGAAGAGUUUUAGUCGGUUAGGAACGCUUAAGAAGCACCAGAGGAUCCAUACAGGCGAGAAACCCUACCAUUGUGCAGAGUGUGGGAAGAGAUUCAAACAGUCUGACAGUCUGAAAGGUCACAUGCGUAAUCACACAGGAGAGAAGCCAUAUCACUGUGCAAAAUGUGGCAAGAACUUCAGUUACUUAAAGAAUCUGAAAAGUCAUAAGUGUAAAUCCUCACAGUUAUAAGUAUGAAUAUUUUUGAAGUGUUGAAAGUUUUUCAUCAAGAACAUCAAACUUCUGACCUCGGGUUGUAAGAUUUGAAUGGCAUUGCAUUAUUUUAUGACAUUUCUCAGCUUAACCGUGACAAGGUAAAGUGUGCCUUUUUGGAAUUUUUCCUGACCAUCAGUAUUGCAUGAGAAAAUUACAGGUGUGCAGUGGUCUGCUUCAGGAGCCUUUGCUGUGGAAGUUGGUGAAAACAGAGGCUUAUUCUUUCCUUAUGCCACAUCCAUUGAUAAGAGAAAUCGGGCUACAACGACAUCAUUAUUAGCAUAGUAUCAGCAUUAAGCUGAAAGGAUCAUCCUUGUUUUGGUAAAUUGCAGUGAUGACACAAGAACUGGAACAACUAGGUUUACAUUUUUUUCACCUGUCUUAUCACUUAAACUUUAGAAAGGACAGCAUUUCUGUUAAUAUUAAAUAAUUAUGUGGAGAUUUGAAAGACUCCUAGUCAGUUUAAUAAUAAAAAAGCAGGAUAAAAUUCUAGUUUUAGGUUUUUUUUUUUUUCUUUUUACGUUUUGCAAUGUGUAUCUCUUUUUAAUAGAUUAUAUCUAUGGAGUUUGUUUAUUAGAACUUAUAAACCAAAACUCGUAUUAAGUGGAUACCUAUGAGGGAAUCUAUGGAUGAGCUUGUGAUGAAAGUCAAAUGUAAGCAGACCAAGUUGUAUAGGUGUAAUUUCUGUACUUCACUGAAUAUUUUGAACAUUUUGUUAUAUUAUGGUCUGUAAAGGAAGAAAGGUGUCUUUUUUUUUUUGGUUUUGUUGCAAUAAAUGGCAUAGUAGCACAGCUGCUUCACACAAUGAUGGGUUAGAAUCCAAGCUUGGCCCAUUUCUGUGCAGAAGUUGUACAGGGUAAUGCAGGGAAAUGGGAAAUGUUCAAUUGACAUUCAAUGUGCAAAUAAACACAUUACAAAAUGCAUUUAAUGAUGAAAUGUAUUGUACAGGAUAUGCAACUAAUGAUUGUAAUCAAUAUUCAUUUUAUGUUUUGAAGAAAACAUCUUGAAGGUGUUGUCCAUUUCUGUGUACACAUUCUGACAUCCUGUUGUGGAAAUUCUGCAUUGGUCGAUGUAACACGUCAAGAGGAGUGCCAGCGAUUUCCUCUUCAAUCCUCCGUUUUACUUCAGCAAUGGUUGCAGGAUGUGUGCAACACACUUGGCUUUUAAGAUGUCCCCACAGAAAAAAAGUCACACACACUGAGAUCUGGGGAUCUCAGAGUCCGUGGAAUGGUAAUGAUGCCAAAAUUCUCAUUACGCAGCAGUCACACUGUCACCAUUCUUAUAAAAGGAUUUCACAGCGAAUGCACGUUGCGCACCACUCCACUGCUCCAUUAUUACCAAUGGCAAGGGGUUCUAAACGAGGUUGCAUUGGUCCCAAACGCCCCAAGGUCGCCAACACCUACUUCCAAAAAUUCCACUUUCCCUACGCAACCCUGUACUUUCUUGUCUUAUCUGUAUGGGUUGUCUUCAAAUAUUCUGCUUUCGCUCUCCGGUCCCAUAGAUCUGUGCAUUAGGUUGACUUGCAAAAUUAAAUCGUACAUUGUAAGAGAGUUUGCUGUGCAAUCCAAUUUAGGUUGGCACCGGCCUUAAGCCUGAUUUUAACAAAAUAGGCUUCUGAGAGUUUUCAGAAUGAAUAAAUAUAUGGAAGAACUAUGCCACAACUUCAACGUGAGAACAUUUUAUUGAGAUACUUAGGUGAUAGUUAUUUUCAAAUAAAAACCUGAAAUGUAUGAUUGUAAAAGUGCUUGACACCCAUAUAAUGGUAAUCCAAAAUUUGCUCAGGUAUAACAAGAUAUAGGAUGAUUCAACUAGGGCUCUACUUUUGUAAGAUUUUUUCUGGAUCCUUCAGUCUUUUUCUGCUCAGUCUUUUAAGUACAUUGAACUUUUAUGUUGAUCUUUUAUACCUCUUACAGACUCUCCUCAGCAUUAACCAAGUUUGGAGAUCUCUUUUUCUUUCAAUAGACUUCUUUUAUAGGUUUAGAGGGUUAUUAUUGUCAUGUGUAAAUUUAUUCUACCAAUGGUUAACAAUUUCUGCCUAAUUUUCAGACUCUGAUGUGUAGUUUUGUGUUGUAUAAAGUACCUGACUGCUAUACUUGAGUAAAAAUUAAAAAAAAAAAAAAAACAAAGGAGAAAGGAUACCUUUCUCUUUUGUGUGACACAUACUACAAAUAAUCUGAGCUAAGUAACUGCAACUUAAUUCUGGGACAUUCAACAUUCUAAAUGAUCUAAUAGAGCUGUACAGACUUCAGACUUUGUGAAGUGAAAAUCCCUUUGCAUAGUGAAUAUUUGUCUGUCACAUAAACCCCUAAUUACAAUUAAUGUAAAUGAAAAACAUUUUUAAGCUUUCCUUAGCCAUAAAAAUUACUCCCAUUUUUGUUCCAAUAACACCCACCUACAGGAAAUUGACAGAAUGUGUCUGUUAAUAGCAGACAUCAAAACAAUUCCUAAUAAGCAUUACUCUCCCUUAAAUAAUAAGUUUAACAAAUUGCUUUACUUAGACAUUGUUUCUUGUUUUAUAUUCAAUUGAUGACAUUUUGGUUUUGCUUGGGCCUUUCCAGCCAGUUCAUGAUCACUUUUGGAGCCAUGAUGCACAGAAUAAUGUGGGAAGAAAUGUGUGCAACGCACAAGGUGAUAAGAAUACAUUUAAGAAAUGAAACAGGCCACAGGAGUAAGAGCUCAGUCAACUAUAGAAAAUAUAAUGGCAUAAAUGAAUACAAUUUAUUAAAUUAUAAGUUGAGUAAAUUAGAGCCAAUCUAAUUACCUCAUAGUGUGCAAAGAAAAUGAAGGAAUCACAAGCCAAAAUAAACAAUUCUGAAAAGUAACAUUAAGUGUAUACUGUAAUAAAUUGUUUUUUAUUUAUAAA